AUGGAGUCUUACGCGGCGGAGGCAUGCAGGACUGUGGCUGCGCAGCUCAGUGAAGCGAUCGGCUUUCAGGCAGUGACACAGUCUGCGCUUGACACUCUGACGGAGAUCUUGAUCAAGUACAUCGAGGAGGUUGGCUAUCAAUCGCACUCCCUGGCAGAGUUGGCUGGAAGGACUCAGGAUAACCUGCUCGACGUUCGGAGCGCGCUUCAAGAUGUUGGGACCACCUUGCCUGAGCUUUACUUGUUCAUGCAACGUAACGAGCUCCGUUAUGCCAAGGCAGAGGUCCGCUUCCCUGUCUCUCGACCACCUCGUCCUCGAGAGCGUUUCGGUCAAGAAGAGGCGGAGGAGCUGCCUCCUCACGUUCCUUCUUUUCUUCCUCCAUUCCCGAGCAAGCAUACCUACCUCGCCACCUCCAAGCCGCAGGGCGAGAGAGGUGACGCCAAGACCGCGAAGAAGCAGAAGCACAAGAGGAACAGGCAGCUGGAAGAAGCUCUGCAGAAGCUUGCGGACGCUCCGAAGAAGAAACGCAAAGCGCAAGAGACCUUCGGCGAGCCUGAAGCUGAGCAGCAGCGAGAUGACGAGGGAAUAGUGACGGAGAAAGAAGUCAGCGAAGAGAGCGUAAUGCAGAAUCCAGCUCUGCAAGAAGCAGCCAAGGUGAACGAUGUACUUGCCGACGACGAUGUCCGGAAGUCCAUCGAAGCAGAACCGAAUAAUCAGGAGGCAGCAAACAAAGAUGCAGAGAACACAAGCACAAGCCACAGACAAUUCUCUCUCUCCCUCCCUGCUAGCGAUGGAACAAUGAGGGAGAUGGAGGGAGGGACGCGAACAGGAGACGAACGUGACAAGGACAAGAAAAGGCAGAAGGCUGCCAGGAUUCUGGCAACAGUGCACACUGAACAGGAGAGGGAGGCAACCACGGGCAAUGUGGAUGCUGGGAGGUCACCAGCAGACAUUGCAAGGACUCCAGAAGAUCUUGACUGA